GAAACUGUACAAGAACUCGAUUUGAAUUUGCAAUCUGCAGUAGAAGUAAUUAGUACCAAUAGUAGUUUCCGUAUUACUGGUGUAUCUUCUGGAUGUGCAUUAUUUAUGAGGUUUAUAACAUUUGCCAAAUUGGAUAAUAUUACAGCGAACCUAAAUUUAUGGACUUCUCACAAUAGCGGACUACUUAUUAAUGGAUAUUUUAUCGGGUCCCAGCAAAAAUAUACUUUUUAGAUAGGCUUUAAGUAUUCCUAACUUACUGGACCCUUCGAUACAACUGUAAUAUAUUUUUAAUUUAAAAUAGCCAACAAGUGUAAAGAUAAAUAUAAUUUUACAUUAAUCAAUAGUGAAAAUAAUUAAUUAAUAUACUUACCACAAAUAUUAUUCAUCCGUGUUAUGGCUUUACAUAGACUUCAUUGAAAAAAUUAUCAGUUCAAAAAGCGCAAUUAUUCAUAGUUUCUAUAUUUGAAAAAUAUAUGUAUACAUAUAUUAUAUAUGUAUACGAGUACACCAUUAUGUCUAGUGGAAAGCGAAAAAGACUAACUUUGGCACAAAAAAUUGAAAUUAUAAAAUUUGUGGAAGCAAAAAAUAUUGGAAUACGAGCAGUAGCUGAAAAAUUUAAUAUUGGAAAAACACAGGUUAGUGAUAUAUUAAAAAAUAAAGUUAAUUUAUCACAAACAUUUGUGGAGCAAGGAAACGAAGAAUCAAAACGCAAUUUUCCAAAAUCGGGCGGUGAAAUAAUCGAUACAGUGAUAUUUCAAUGGUACCUACAUGCUCGUGUCAACAAUUUGCCAAUUUCGGGUCCAGUACUGAAAGAAAAAGCAUUGGAAUUGGCAUCAGAAGUUGGCCUCAAUGAUUUUAAAGCAUCUAAUGGAUGGUUGCAAAAAUUUAAAGACAGGCAUCAGAUUUCUUAUAGAACAAAUCCUACAUUACUAAAAGAGUGUGAUAUUACAGAAUGGCUAAAUAGUGUAAGAGAAUCAAUUAAAGGUUAUAAGGAAUGUGAUAUAUUUAACUGUGAUGAAACCGGUCUAUUUUAUCGAAUUCUACCUGAAAAUACAAUGAGCUUUAUAAACGAGACCUGUAUUGAUGGAAAUUUAUCAAAGGAGAGACUGACCAUUAUGUUAUGUACUAACAUGGUUGGAGAAUUUGAAAAACCAUUGAUCAUAGGAAAAGUUGGAAAACAUAAUUGUUUUAAAAACAUUAAUAUAAAUAGCCUUGAAAUUGUUUGGAAGUGCAACACUAAAGCAUGGAUGACGCGUAACAUUAUGACUGAGUGGCUUUUAGAUUUUGAUUACAGAAUGACUCAAUCAAAAAGAAAUAUAGUUCUUUUUUUAGAUAAUGCAAGUUCUCAUCAUUCGCUUAACAAUCUGCAAUCGAUUAAAUUAAUAUUUUUUCCACCAUAUUUAUCAUCUUGCCAGCCUUUGGAUCAAGGAAUUUUUCAAAAUUUUAAAACUCUAUAUCGACAAUGCGUAUUAAAACAUCAUCUAUCAACAAUGGACAAUGGUUCUGAAUUAAUAAAUAAAAUCAAUGUGCUUCAUGCAAUUCUUUGGAUAAAAUACGCUAUCAAUGAAGUUAAAAGAUCAACAGUUAGAAAUAGUUUCAUUAAAUCUGGUAUCUUGAUCUCAGGUGAAAAUGAAACAGAAGACAAUAUUGCAACUAAUGAUUAUAAAGCAUUGUUGAUUCGCUUGAUUGGCGAUGAUUCAAUUAAUUAUGCGGAGUUAGAUAACAAACUAUUGACCGAAAAUCAAUCAUUAGAUUUAAUCAAAAUAAUGCAAGAACUCAUUGACCCACAGAUAAGUGAUGAAGAUGAUACUGAAGAUGAUACCUCAUAACUUCUAAAUGAAGAUAUAGUCUUGACAAAUUCAGGUCAAAUUUUUAAUUCCACUGAAAAGAAAAAAGAUUAAACAUCAAAUUAUUAGUUAAAAAUCAUUGUUUUUUGUUUGUCUUUAUCUUUAAUGUCUACUAGUAGAUUUGUAUGUGUUUAAAAGUUAAUUUUAUACAUUUUAGUUUUAAGUAACAUAAUAUACAAUAUAAAAUCUAAUUACAUUGUUAUGUAAAUUAACAAAUGUUAUAAAAUAUGUUACUAUGUUAAUGUGAUUAAUGUGUUAAAGUUUGCUCUGCCUCUUUGUUCGUAUAAUAUUAAUCAUAAACAACAUUGUAUACAAGAGUAUUUGAGCUAUUAAAUUAUAUAUACAUUUAAAUAUACUAGUUUUUCUAGAAAAUAACUAAAUAAAAUAAUAAUGUACAUUGUUAAUAAUACUUUUUUUAAAUUGCUUAUUCAUAUUAUAUUGUUAUAAUAUUAGUCGGUGUAUAAAAAUGAUGAUAGACUAAUUCAAUUAGAUAUAAUUUUUAUUAAAAUAUUUUUUACAUUUAUUUUAGUAAAUUAUAAUCAAGAAUCUAUCUUACUGUUAUUUUAAUUUUAAUAGUAUCAAGAGCAAGAAAUUUAAAUUUAAAACAAAAAAGUACUUCAGUUAAUAUGCAUACUUUUAUG